AUGGCUUUUUCGCCCAGCGCUCUUCUGGCGCUGCCUUUUAGUCCGGCCCGACUGCGAUCCUACCUUUUGCGAUUGCCUUUAUUCACGCGUGCCGUCCUGUUAAUCAUUGUCGCAUUAUGGGCCAUGGAACUACAAACGGUAUGGAAUAUUGUCAAAUGGGGCGCGUUGAUUCCGGAUGAAAUGAACCUUGGAACCAUGUACCGACUGAAUACAUACCCCGUGAUUCACUCCGGCUUCUUCCACGUUCUUCUCAAUAUUCUGGCUUUGACGCCGCUGCUUGAACGGUUCGAGACUGAGCAUGGCACGUUGACGGCGGUGGCCUUAUUUGUUGGGCCUCUCUCCACGUUUCCGGGCGGUAUCUACACUCUGAUUGAAAAAUUCAUUCUGCACAUGAACACAGCCGUCGUGGGCGCGAGUGUCUGGGUAUUCUUGCUCUUGGCCUCCGAAGCCAUCAGGACGUUCCGUGCCAAUCCGUAUCUCCAGUUGGGUCCUAUCAAGAUCCCUACGUGGACCUCGCCCCUAAUUGCGUCGUUUGUUGUCGCCGUUCUCGUCUCGCAUACCAGCUUCCUCGGCCAUAUCUGCGCCAUCUUCAUCGGCUAUUUGCUCGGACUAGGAUACCUCAAAGUCUUUGUGCCGCCCGAGAAAGUCAUUCGAUGGAUCGAAGGAAAGCUCAAUCUCCUGGGACGACUACCACACUACGUCUCGGUUGACCAGAAGAAACACGGGCGGUAUGGGCUUCUCCCGACAACGUCUACUGAGCCAGCAGUGGCAAUGAGCAAUUACAUUGGGUCUUCGCAGCGACUGGGACCGUGA